AUGCCGGACACACGGAAGAAGAUCGCCAUCAUCGGCGCUGGCGCUGCAGGGAUGUCAUGUGCGGCCAAAUUAGCAAAUCAUACGGAUAAAUUCCAAGUCACGAUGUUUGACACCGACUCACACACAGGUGGCCAAGCAACUUCAAUCACGCUAGAUGAGUCCGCCCACGGAGCAGGCUGGCUUAACGACGGAGUGCAAGGCGGUUCCGCCAUUUUCCGUCACACGUUUCGCUUCUUUCACCAAUACGGGUAUGAACCUCAGCCAGUCCAACUGCAAGUCUCGUUUGGCAAAGGGGCAGACGAUUUCUGGACGAAUGUGUUUCCCAGUCCCCUUGUCGAUCGCCAUUCUCGGGAAAUCAAAAAGUUAGGCAAGGUGCUAAAGUGCAUUAAGUACAUGAUGCCAAUCCUGGGAAUUAUGCCGGUGAAGGUGAUCCUGCGCUUGUUUGGAUUCAGUCGCGAUUUCAGCAACAAGAUGGUCUUGCCGCUGUUGGCGUUGUUUCUUGGAACGGGGAAUCAGACUCCGAAUGUGUCGAGCGUGUUGCUGGAGAGAUUGUUUGAUGAUCCGCAGAUGAGGUUGUGGAAUUAUGAUCCAGACACCUUGCUGCCCAAUUUGCCAGUGAUGUAUACAUUCCCCAAUCUUGGGGACUUUUACAGGGACUGGGCUUCGGAUCUUCGAUCUAAAGGGGUGGAUAUUCAAUUGAAUUCCGCUGUGAAGAUAAUAGAACGAAACAAUAAAGCUGUUGUGUUGGAGGUACGAACAAAAUCAGGUGAUAAUAGCGACUCAUUCUCGGAACCAUCGACUUUCACCUUUGAUGAAUUGGUUCUCUGUUGCCCAGCCGACGAAGCAAAGAAACUCCUCGAUCAGCAGGCCACCUGGCGAGAGAAAUGGGUAUUGGGUGGUGUGAAAUUCUUUAAUGACAUCACCAUCACCCAUUCAGAUUCAGAUUACUUUCAAAAGAUCUUCGAGACGCAAUAUGAUCCCACAUUGUGUGCACAGCCGACAACCAAGGAAAGGAAAGACCAGAUUUCAUUUGCCGAGCAGCAACCUGCCUGUCAGAAGGAUGGAUGGCUAGGAUACCGACCCAUGUAUUACACGCAUUCAUUUGCAUCUGAUCCAGACAAGAUUGAAAUGGGAUUCGACUGCACAAACUACCAACACCAAUUCCGUGAUAAUAUAGGCGCAGGUAGUCCACCACGACCCCUGGACGAGCAUGUCUUCCAGACUAUCUUCUUGAAUGACCAGCAGCAGGAUCUCUGGACAUGGAAUGAUAUCGAUCCGGCGAAGAUCAUUAGCCGGAAAUGGUGGCACCAGUUUGGUCAUCGGUGGCAACAUUAUCUUCGUGUUGUCCCUGGGAUGAUGUUCAUUAACGGCAAGAAUCGAACUCAUUAUGCCGGUAGCUGGACUAUGGUUAAUAUGCACGAAAUUGCUUGCAUCUCUGGUAUUGCAGCUGCUCACCAGCUGGGUGCACCCUACGAGCCAUUUGAUGACUUUGCCGAAGAUUUCUUUGCAAAGUAUCUACUGGUUUGUCAUGGAGCGCGUUAUAAACGAGGAAAGGAGAAGCUAACUUGA